AACAGCAACAAUUAAUAAAAAACUACCAGUAGAAGAAUUAGAUCUAUACUUAUCUUUACCUUCAUGUUCUGAAGAAGAUCCUCUUGAAUACAUUCCCUGCAAAGAAGCAUUUUCAGUAGCAGCAAGAACACUUAUGAAAAUUCGUAAUUGUCUUCACCCCGAAACUGCGCAUGCUUUGCUUUGUUUGAAAAGCUGGAUGGAACAGGAUAUUGGA